GACCGACGGGGGUCAUCCCGGUCCAAACAACCCACUGCUGCUGUCCGUUACCUGUACUAUCCUAGCCAUACUGGUCAUCGAACAGGACUGCACAAAGGGGGCUGAGUGGCCAAACAAGAUGGCGGACGCACAUGUCGAGGAACCACGAGGCCACACUACACAUAGUGUGGACCUCACUGGGUCUCACAACAAUAUUGGAGACCAACUUGAAGCGCUCUUUAACUGCUUUUGGGCUGCACUGGAGGAAAGGAGGAGGCUGCAAAUGAUGGACAAAAUGCCCCUGCUAAAAACAUCACAAAACCGUGAGGUGAGAUUUCUGGGGCCCCACGCAGGCAAAACAAACCCGGAGGUGCCUAAGCCGAUCACUCCCAAACCUCUGG